AUGGACGGACAUACACAGUCAAAUCUUCUGACCAACGCAGAAAUGCAAAAUAUUUUAACUGAAUUAAAAAACGGCAACGAACAACUCCGCCGCCAAGUGUCAGAACUACAGGCAAGUAAAAAUUUACAACAAAUAAAAAUAGUUAAUUGGAACUGGCAGCUAAAGCGUCACAAUUCAUUACAAAAUCAAAUGAAAAAAAGAUCCCCAUUUCUAACACAUCAAUUACAAAAGAAGUUAACCUAA